AUGUAAGUAUUGUAAUAGGUGAAAAAAUUACACAAGGACCUAAAAAAGCCAGAAAAGAAUCAUAAGUAUAGAUAAAUCAUUGAAGAGUUAUCAGAAUACUUUUUAUUUGGAGAUCAUCAAUAAGAAGAAUUGUUUGAGUACUAUUGAAUAUUUAUUAAGCUAUUUUGCAGAACAUAAUAUAUUACACUUAUUUUAUUAGAAACUCAAGUCUGCUAAUCAUUAAUUAACUAUUUUCAUAAUUGAAAGGAUGUCUAUGAUUAUGUAAAAUGUUAUUUGAUUAUAGUACUAAUCUAUAAAAUCCACUUAAUCUGAAUUAUGUAUUGAGUAAUCCUGUAUUACAUGAAUUCAUCAACUAUAAUUAUGAUUUUAAUAAUCCAGAAAUUGUAGAUUAUUAUGUUAAUUUCUUAAAAACUAUAGCUAUCAGAAUUAAUCGAGAUAAUUUUUAUCUUUAUUUCAAUUAAAGAUAUUGUACAUUCCCAUUAUUAUGGUAAGCCUAGAAAUUUAUUAAUUAUCCUGAUUAAUUAGUUAAGAAUACUAUCUAAAAUAUAGUUUUGAGUUUAUCAAAAUGUAAAUAAUUAUAGAAUAUUCAUCAUAGUGUCAACUGAACCUAAAAGUGAAAAGCAAACAUAAUCAGUAAUUUUCAAUUAAACUAAAAUUAUGAUUCAAUUUAAACAUUAUCUUACAUCAUCUCCUUUCAUUUAAGUGUACAUAAAAUAUAUAAUACAAAUAUAAAAAUUGAUAGAAUCUUUAAAUAUUGAUUCUUAAGAUGAAUUAGAUAAAUUAGAAGAUAUUUUGAUGUUUUUUAAUGAUCUCAUUACUGAAUGUCCUUUUUUAUCAAUAUUACUAGAAAAAUUAAUUUUAGAUUAAUUAAUUUAACCAAUUUUAGAUUGUCUAUUGCUAAAUAAAAAUACAUCAAUGAGAGUUAGUUAUGAAGUAGGUUUAUUAACAAUAUAUUUAUUCUUAACAAAAUUACCUUUAAUUAAUACAAUAAUGUCUUAUUUUUGUAAUGAUUAAAUUUAUAUUGAUGAUACUAUUUAACAUUAAAAAUUAUAGAAAUAAUCAUAAUUAUGGGUAUAUGAUACAAAAAAUAUGGAAUAAGAAUUUUAAAAUAUAUUCUAAAAGGAAUUUGAUGAUAUAGAAGAAAGAAAUUAUUAAUUCAUUUAACAUAAGUAAAACAAUGAAAUUGAAAAUCCAUAUAAAAAUCAAUUUCUGGAACUUUUAAGAGUAUUAAUUAUUAUAUUAUAUUAAUUAGUCAAAACAUAAUACAUUAUUAUAUUUAUAUUUAUCAAUAUGGUUUGUAGCAAAAUAAAAUAAUUACUAAAUACCAUCCCUUUAAAUUAUUAAGGUAAUUAUAUUUAUAUAUGAUUAGUUAUUACAAUUAAAAGAAGAAAUUGUAUUUUCAAAAUAACUUAUUGAAUUAAUAAUUCUAUUAAUGAUCAAUGAAGAUCUGAAAGAAUUAGAAUAAUUAUAUGAAUAAUUAUAAAAUAAAAUCAUAUCAAUGAUUUCUAAUUUAAAAGAGACAAAUAAAAAAUUAAGUGAAGGAUUAUGUGCAAAUUGGGAUAUUAUUGAAAAUUUUGAUUGGGAUAAGUUUAAAGAAUCAUAACAUAAAAUAAAAUUGGAUGAUUUAAAACCAUAUGUUGAUAAUAGCAAACUCUCUGAAUUUAAAUAUAUUUAUUUAUGGAUUUUAGUAAAAUGUUUAGUUAAGAAUUUUCAAAAAUAAAGAGUUGAAAAUCCUUAUAAAAUUAAUUAGGAAAUUGAAUUAAAUCAAAAUUGUGAGUUUAUUUAAAUAAUGAAUUCAUAAAAUGUAAUAAAUAAUAUAUAUAUAAUAUAGUAUUUGAUUCUUGAUAUAGAAUCAGGAUAUUUGAUACAUAUUUUUACUUAUUAAAACUAAGAAUUUGGAAUAGUGAAAUUUGUAUAACCUUUAAAAGCAAUAGAAUGUUCAUUUAUUAAUGAUACAUUGAUUCUAGAAUCUAAUUAACUUUGUCUUAAUUCAUUUAAACCAUAUCACAUUAAAUAUUAAAAAGAUGUAAUACCAUCAGUAAUCGACAGAAUUUACUAAGCAUAACAGUCAAUGAGUUUAUUAAUUAUUAAUAAAUUGGAAGCACUUUUAUGA